CAUUCUAUUUUGAUUCAGUCUAAAAUUCCAAUUAAACCAAACAAAAAACAAAAAAAAAUUCAACAAAAAAGAUAUAUAAAUAUUUUGGAAUAGCAAAAUUCGAAGUAUUUAAAUUGUUUUAUUUUGAGCAUGUCUUUUACAAAAGCCAUUGGAAACCAAAGAAAACAAAGGCCAAUGUCUGGAAGCAUAAAUUCAGCGCCCAAACCCAACAAUGCCAAAGUGCUGCGCCAGCAGCAGCGCAUCUUGAAGCAGAACUACAGGAACUCAGGCAAUGGCCAAUUUCGACGCGUUGAGCAUCGCGUCUGGCGUAAGACAAUCGUUGUGACCAAGCCCAAACCAAAGGACAGAGUGCCUCGGCUGUUCCGCGCCGAUCGAUUAACUGGCCUGCCCCUUGAUUACGAGCGCACUGUGUCGCGGAUCAUGUCAUACGUUAAUCCGCAGCACUCGCGGACGCCCAGUCCGGAGAAGGCUUUGGAGAAUCUGUUCUCCCAACAACUGGCUGGGAUUUUUGAGCUGUGUAGCAGGAACAACCAAUGUCCUCGUGCCAUGAAGAACCAAAUCCGUCUGAUGCUGAAAUCCUAUGGAACGAAGACCCCGCAGUGCAGUGGAGAGGCGGACAAUAGAAAUCUUUGCGAGUUUCACAGUGCUUGCACACGGGGCCCGACACCAAGGCCUGAAUUUCAAGCACCACCCACAUACAAAAGUAAAUUCAAUUACAACACCCUAAGGAUUCACACCACGUAGCAACUGGGUGCAGGACGGACACUGACUAUGUUUACGAACACAACUAUACUAUAUACUUGCCAGACAUUAUUGAAAUGCAUACCACGGCCUCUAGAUUAUCUUGUUAUAAAUGUCCGAACAUAUGCAAUGUAUAUGUCCAUAUAUUCAUAUGUAUAUACAUGCCUAUAUACAUACAUAUAUAUGUAUUCAUAUAUUCAAGUGCAAGUGCAUGUGGCAAUGGACAACAAAUGCGAUAAAUGCAUAGAUGGUAAAUGCCUAGCUUGACGUUAUGCAUACAUCUUUAAUCUUCAAAAGUACCCAUCGGCAUAAAAAAAAAAAAAAAAUAAAAUAAUAAUAAUAAAAAAAAAAAUUAUAAAAUAAGACUACGACGGUACCCGACGAAGGGUCCUUGAGGCAAAAAACGAAAAAAUAAUCUAUUUUAUGGAGAAACGACGGAGCACGCAAAUAGGGGAGCUGUCCAUUAUUUCCAUAUUAAUGUAUAAUCUGGAGCAGUCGAUAUACCGAGGUUUGAGACUGACUCUUAAAAAGGAACACAAUCGAUGGAGAAAAAGGGAAAUGGAUAUGGAUAGAUCAAGGUGGCUGAUUACCCGGCUGAUUACUACCGUUGUGUCUAUCAUAUGCAUUUUGAAAUAAAUCAAACUACCCUAUUUAGUGAGAAGUGAGAA